AUGACUUUGGUUCAACCAACUCCUGAACAACAAUUGAAAAUUCGAACUGAACUUAAUGAAAAUGUCGAUACAAGAGCACAAGAUUUACAAACAAUAAAAGAAUGGUUAGAACUUCAACCUCAUCUUCCAAAAACUUUUGAUGAUGGAAGACUCAUGACAUUUUUAAGAGGAUGUAAAUUUUCAUUGGAAAAAACAAAAAGAAAAUUAGAUAUGUAUUUUACAAUGAGAGCUGCUAUUCCUGAAUUUUUUUCUAACCGUGACCCAUUUGACCCCGCUAUUCAAGAAAUAAUGAAACAAGUACACAUUCCACCUUUGCCAGGUUUGACACCUGAGGGAAGACGUGUUAUUGUUAUGAGAGGGAUCGACAAAGAUCAACCGACACCAAACGUUGCAGAAGCAAUGAAAAUUGUUUUCAUGAUCGGUGAUAUCCGCCUUUUGGAAGAAACAACCGGAGUUGGUGGUGAUAUAUAUAUAUUAGAUGCAGCCGUUGCAACACCGACUCAUUUUGCCAAAUUUACUCCGACCCUUAUUAAAAAGUUCCUGGUUUGCGCACAGGAAGGUUAUCCGGUAAAAUUGAAAGAAGUACACGUCGUCAAUGUUUCACCACUCGUCGAUACAAUUGUUAAUUUCGUCAAACCUUUUUUGAAAGAAAAAAUUAAAAAUAGAAUAUUUUUCCACGCGGACGGUUACGAAAGUUUAUACAAAUACGUUCCUAAAGAAAUCCUUCCGGAAGAAUAUGGCGGUUUUGCCGGUCCCAUCGGUGCAAUAAAUGAGCAAUGGUUGAAAAAAUUAGAAUCAUACAAAGACUGGUUUAUACAACAGGAAGAUGUUAAAGCUGAUGAAAGCAAAAGACCUGGAAAACCUAAAACUCACGAUGAUUUAUUCGGUGUCGAAGGAUCUUUUAGAAAAUUAGUCAUCGAUUAA